CUUGGACUGAAUCAUCUGCAGCGACGUUUCUUGUCCUACAUGGGACAGCUUUUAAAAGUUCAGGUGACCGGAGUCACAGGGUAGAGUAACAAGGGAUCACUUUGAUGACUGUCCCCGCCUACUGGACAACCUACAGGCUGCAGCUGUAUCUGAAGAUGGUCCCUUGGAGGUUUGCUGUGUCUCUCUAGGGCGUCAUAUCAACAUUCAGUGAUGGGGCUGUCAUCUCACAUAUUCAUCAUUCCAUGGACAGGCAACUGAUGCCAUGCACAACGUCACAGAGCCCCCACCGAUACGGAGUGGACACAGCUACUCAUCGCAGGAACUGGACAGUGUGGAAUUAGCCCGAUGGAUUAUCAUAUGGAUAGCCAUAACAUCUCUUGUCAUCAUGCUGUUCACCUAUCGAUAUUUCAGACACAAGAACAACCAGAUGGAAUUCCAAAAUGGUGUGUACAGAAGGCAACACCAUCAUAAGAUCAGACACAAAUCGUGCAAAUACCGACGUUGUUUGACUUCUGAAGAACGUGAAGAAAUCAAUGUGGAAUCGGUCAAGAGAAAGCCCAUACCUCCACAACAAUUCCUCACAUGGCUCAGGCGUAGGGACGCAGUGAAAGAUUUAAACCUAGAGGUCAAGGUAAGUCGCAAAACCUCACUCAUGGCUUUAUUUGCACGUCUUUUGUUUUUCCUGCUUCUUCUUCUCUUUUUCCUAAUCUAUUUCUUUCUCCUAUGUCCACGGUUUGUUUCAAUGUGGAUUUCAAUUCUGGCGGGGAAGCACAGGCCUGGGUAUUUAUUUGUGGCUGAGAAGAUACCUGUUGUUUCCCCCCAGCCAUGUGGUUUUGGGGUUCGUUCCUGCUGCACGACACCUUGAGCAAGUGCCUUCCAAUAUAGCCCUAUGCUGACCAGAGCCUUGGGAGUGGAUACGAUGGACAGAAACUGAAAGAAGCCUGUCAUUUAUAUAUACAUACAUACAUAUCUAUCUGUGUAGCUAUAUGUCUAUCUAUCUAUCU